AACGAGUUUCCCAAGUGUGGUAGUGUCAGAAAGUACAGACAACAUGGUGUCCAAAGCUAAUCUCACCAGAGCCAUCAAAGAUGCGCUUGUCGGAGUUGAUCUUGCCAUCACAGGCAGGAGAGCUAUCAGGGAGAAGGUCGAGCGAGCCCUAGGUUCAAGUAUAAGCGAUCAGAAAGAGCUGUUCAAAGAGCUACUGCAGAAGUGUGUCAGCGAGAUAAAUGAUGAAGACUCAGACGAAACACCCCCCGCUCCAGCCCCAACCAAGAAGCGUAGAGCUCCCGCGACUACCCCUACUGCUCGUUCCGCUAAGAAAGCUGCUCCCGUAAGGAAACGUGCCAAAAAGGAAAAAGACCCCAACGCACCGCCCAGAAAGACUGGUCUGAGUGCGCCUCAGAUUCUGUCCGAUAAGAUGUCCGCACUCAUGGCCGGCGAAAAACAGAUGUCGCGGCCAUCAGUGGUUAAACAGCUCUGGGUCCUCAUUAAAGAGCGUGACCUUCAGGAUGAGAAAAACAAGAAGAACAUCCUAUGCGACGAGGAGUUCAAGAAUGUGUUCGGAGUUUCAGAGAUGACCAUGUUUGAGAUGAACAAACUUCUGUCGAAUCAUGUAACGGCGAUCCCGAAAGACCCGAAUGCGCCAAAGAAGGCGGCGGUCGCAGAAUGAAGGCUGCGUUUUCGACUGAUUUUAGAAACCACAAGACUACCCUAGGCUUUAGUGUACCGACCGAGUCCGAGACUGACGACGCUGCUGUGCGUCAGCUUGUUUUAUCUAUAGAAUGAUGUGGCUAUGAGCUUUAAAGGCACGCACAUCCAAUGGAAAUCGGUCCAAGACGCUCUUAUGCAACUGCUGUUUGAGCUCUGCUGCGCGCGAACUCGUAUUCCCAACAGUACACGAGUGUACUGACAAUCCUCAGGCUUCAGAAAACAAGUCCUCGAAGUAAGGUGUCUUCGACAUCACGACUAUCAACUUGCACAACAUACAAUGCAAAAUAAAGAAAUUUAGAAAUCCGGAACUUAGG